AUGUCACACUGCAAACCCAAGGAGAUAGCAAGGCCGUCCACCGAUGGGGAGAGUAGUUUUUGCAAGGGGGACAGCGAAAGAGAUUCCGAGAGGGGUCUCUUAACUGACUCUCUGCCAGCGAAGUCAGAGAAUUAUUGGUCCAGCCCUGGUACUGAAAGGAAGAGACUUCACUGGCUAAGUCUUUGGAUAAUAUGUUUGAACAUCCUGAUCUUCUGUGCCUCAAUCUUAUUCCUCUUAUCACCAUUCUCCAGCCGCGCCUGCCUCAACCAUCUCAGUGAUCAGGACAAAUGGAAAGCAACCUCAUAUUAUGCGCCUAUACUAGAAAGAUUUGACAUUCCGCGCGUCGUGCUAACGACGAACGGCUCAUUAUAUGACUCCGAGCCGCCCUCUAUUAUGCGCAUACCCCAAGGCGAUGAAGCCGAUGCCGAGUGGUCCAGGAUAAGCUCGGGAGUCUUCCCGAUCCUGAUCUCAGCGCAAGAGGUCCGCAAAUUAGGCAAAGACCCGGCCCUAGCAGUCCGAGUCCCCGAUGAGUUCGGCUAUGGGCCUGAUGCAUACCUUGCACAAACAGAAGUCUUCCAUCUCCUCCACUGUCUUGAUAUGCUGCGCAAGGAGAUCUCCUAUGAGCACUACUAUUACCCAGAAUUCGGUAACAAUCCAGAUGCCCAGCACACGGCCCAUAUUACUCACUGUAUUGAUAUUCUGGCCCAAUUUAUCAAAUGUCAAGGCUCUGUGGAUGUGAUUCUAUUUAAUUGGGUCGGAGGCUGGGACCAACCUUUCCCGGACUUUAUGAACAAGCAUGAAUUAGAUAGUCCAAGGCUUAUUGGUAAGCUAUUGCUGGGCUAA